AGGGUGGACCUGGAGGACUUCGAAGGGGCUAAAGUCCACGUCCAGUACUCCUCCUUCUCUGUCGACUCUGAGCAUGAAGGAUACAAGCUGCAUUUUAGUGGCUUCAAAGAUGGAGGUGCUGGAAAAUCUAUGGAUGAACACAAUGGGCAGAAGUUCUCCACCUUCGAUAAAGACCAGGACACUCAUGUUUCAAACUGUGCUAAAUCAUAUCUAGGAGGAUGGUGGUAUGGAGAAUGCCACAGUGUCAAUGCCAACGGGGUAUAUCUGUGGGGCGACUCAAUCUAUGGUAUUGGUAUCAACUGGGUGACUUGGAAAGGUUAUAAAUACUCUUUAAAAGCCAUUGCAAUGAAGAUAAGGCCAGUGGAAUAAGUUCAGAACCUCUCACACUCACACUUUACAUUAAAAUAUUACCUUUCAAAUUAUGAAAAUAUUUGGAAAGCCACUGAAGUUAAAACAUUUUAAAGCUAAUAAAUUGAAGGGAAAAA